AUGGGGAGUAAACAGAACUUUCUAGACGCCAACUACAGCUCUGCAAACAUACCUGGCAUGACCAAUCCAGAUGACUUCUUCAGGGGGAACAUAAACAACUUCAAUUCAAAAUAUGAUAAUUUCAAUAGCCAAGACUCUCCUAGUGACGAGUUUCAAGGAAGCUGGGAUAUUAUCAACUCGCUGACGAGAAAGAACGACAGUUUCCAGAAUAUCGAUGACCUGAUUAACGGCGUGGGUAAUCCAAGUCGAACUGGUUCUAAUAAUGUCUACAAUCCUCCAGCCAAUGGCGUACAGGGUGUGAACACCAAUGUAAGCAAUGGGAACAAUAAUAACAAUGAUUUUGAUGAGAACAUGGGGCUUGAUGAUCUGGACGAACAAUUUGUGAACAAUUUACUUGGUGGUCCAACCACAGAAGAACCACAGUCGAAAAAUGCAAUAAACCUCCUAGACGAUAUAAUUGAUUCUAAAGCAAGUCCUACCAACUACCCAAUGGAGAACCGUAUUGAUAGUAUCUCAUCAAACACAGACGCAUUUUCAAACCCAAGCUAUCAAAGCCCGGUUCCUAUUUCUUCUAGAAGUGCAGCUACCAAGGUACUCAAGAAUGAAGCAUUUUCUCCACAAUCUUUGGGAUUCUCCACUGCAUUUGGAUCUAAUCUUGGUAAAACCAUAUCCAAUCAACUAGGAAGAAGUUACGGUUCCCAGUUAGGUACUUCUUUGAAUAAUUUGGUUUCUCCAAGUUCAACCUACGACGGCUUUGACUCAGAAUAUGGUUCUUACAAUGACGAAGGUUUCAAGUCGCCUAUGAAUUCACCAUCUCUGAAGAGUUUUGGCUCGCCCUCUGCUGUUGGUGGAACGCCUCACUUCAACCCAAAGCACGCUUUAAGUAAGGAGAGCAAGUUAUCAAGACGAAGGGAACUUCAUAACGCAGUCGAACGGAGAAGGCGUGAUUUAAUAAAAGAAAAAAUCAAGGAAUUGGGCUCAUUGAUUCCUCCAACAAUGCUAUAUGAUCCAGCAAAGCAGAAAUCGUCGAAUAAGGAGAUCAAAGCAAAUAAAAACAUGAUUUUACAAAAAUCAGUGGAAUAUAUAUCGUACUUGCAGAAGAUACUGGAAGCUCAAGAUACAAGGUUAAGCGAGUUGCAAGAGAAAAUUGAAGGGUUUGAUCUAAAUGAUCCAAUAUUGCGUCAAGAUUAUGACAUGUCACGACAGUCAUCAAGCCAACCCAAAAUGAUUUCCAAUGAUCAUUUUGAUCUGAUUAAACAGACAAACAACAUAAGUAUCAAUGGAGAAGAAAACCCGGGAUUAAGUGCACUGAAUCCACCCGACGCUUUCUAUGAUGAUGCUAGGGAAAGUCCGCAACAACGUACUCAGGAUAACCGAGAGUUUACUGAUCUAAGAAGCAGCCUAGCUGUAUUCUCGGAGAAUGUAAACAUUAAUAGCGAAAAUUCGAAGCUGCGAUUUAUGGAUUUCUCUAAUGAUCAAAUAGAGCCUGUUGAUUUUAAUAAGUUACCACAGCAGACGAACAAGUUAGAUGAUGAAAGUUUUAAUAAUUUGAUUAAUUUUGAUGUGCAACCAACGUCCCAGACACAAAACAAAAAUUACCAAUACCCUACACGAGUUUACAACGAUACUAAUGAUGAAUUCAAACUUGAUGAUGAAGAGAGUAAGUCCUUUAACACCACACCGGACCUGAACAAACUGUUGGAUGAGCCGACAGCCAAAUUCGACAGUGAUGCCGAUUUCUUAGAUCAUUUGUUAUCUGUAAAGCCGCAAUGA